AUGAGCAGUCCAAAGCGGAGGAUCGAAACAGAUGAUGUAUGCAAAUCCUCCUUACCUACGAUUGAACGUGUCAUAUAUCCGGGUCUCGGUGGACAUCAGUUGAUGAGUGACUAUGAGGUCACCCUGGUUAAUGACAACACACCAUUCGAGGGUGGCCUCUGGAAAAUCCACGUCGAACUUCCCGAUCAAUACCCGUACAAGAGCCCCAGUAUUGGCUUCGUGAACAGAAUUUACCAUCCGAAUAUCGAUGAGCUGUCGGGCUCCGUAUGUCUCGAUGUUAUUAACCAGACAUGGUCACCUAUGUACGACAUGAUCAAUAUUUUCGAGGUCUUCCUUCCACAACUACUCCGAUAUCCCAACCCUUCAGACCCCCUAAAUGGAGAUGCUGCUGCCGUAUUGAUGCGGGAUCCAAAGAAAUAUGAGGCCAGGGUUCGAGAAUACGUUGCCAAGUAUGCAAGCAAAGAUGCUGCCGAUGAAGCCGGUGAGGACACCGAAUCAGACGACGAAUUGAGCUCAGUUGGGAGCUAUGAGUCUGGAAAUGAAGAACCCGCAGGAGAAAUGGACGACGUAUGA